AUGGAUUGCAUUCCUGACAUCAGUCACAAUGAACAGCUAUCUCUUUUAUUUAGAAUAGUGACUAUGAAUGAUGAUAACUCCCAUUGUCCAGAAAUUCAAGAAUACUUUCUAGAUUUAAUCCCUGUUCAAUCUACUACUCGAUUAAAUUUAUCAAAUGUGCUUAUUGAUAAAUUAAAUGAAUAUGGUAUUGACAUUAUGAACCAUAGACGGCAAGUUAUGCACGAUAAUGGGUCAAACAUGGUUGUAAAACAAUGUUCAGAAAAACGUUGGGAAAGUCGAGUGAAUAGUGUUAAAGCUCAAUUAUCAAAUAUAAUAGAAGCUCUAGAAGAAGUAUCAGAAACAGCUAAUGACUCAAUUUCCAAAAGUGAUGCUAGAUCCUUAAUUACUGAAAUAAGUACAUACGAAUUUAUAAUAAGUCUAAUAAUUUGGUAUGACAUAUUAGUUCAAGUCAACAUAGGUAGUAAAGAAUCAGGAUUUACGAAUGCUAAAAUUAUUGCUAAUAAUUUGGCGGAAGAAAUUGAAAUUGAACCAGUAUUUAAGAAAACCCGACCAAGAAAGAAAAAGAAAAAUUUUGAUUAUGAAGGAAACGAUGAAAGAAUAAAUGACGAAGAAGAAAAUUUUAGACAAGAAUAUUUCUUAUUAGUUAUAGAUCAAGCAACUAGUUCAUUUGAAAAACGUUUUAAACAAAUUGAAUCAUACAAAGAUUAUUUUGGGUUUUUAUUUCGCAUUGGAAAGUUACGAUUUGUGAAUGAUGACAAUUUAAUGAAAUAUUUAAAUGAAGAAACGACUCCUCUUGAAGCUUUGUCACUGGCAAAAUAUUCUUCAGAAUGGUUUCCGUAUAUUGGUAUAACCCAUAGAAUUUUACUGACAAUACCAGUAUCUUCAGCAUGUGCCGAGAAAAGCUUUUCUAAAUUGAAAUUAAUAAAUACAUAUUUGAGAAACAAGUUAAGCCAAGAAAGCCUUAAUGUUUGCUCCAAAAAAUCAAGGAAAGUAAUGUUUUAA